CCACUGCCUCCUAACUAUAUCCAGUUAGCCAGCGGGCCCCAGUCUAGUAACUCCGCUUUGUGUUGUAGACUUCACCCAAUGUGUGCAUCGCGACAGCGAUUUCGAUUCGCCCUUACGCGCAUGCCGCCCAGGGCCGCUCACCGUGUUGUGUCCGCUUAGCCUUUGGGCGCCACCUGCUCGCCUCACUCGCGUCCGCACUCGUAGCCGCCUGAACCCGCGCUCGCCGUCGCUCAACGCGACUUCACCUCUCGCUUGUCGUACAGAGCGCCGCCACCGUCGCAAUGGCGCUCCAUAGUAGACGAUCCGCUCUCUCGCGUCACCACCUCUUGCCGCCCCUCCUGCUGUUUCUCCCCCUCGUAUGCCACGUCACCCGCCACGUCAGCGCGAAGGCCAGCCCGCAAGCCUACCCGCCCUGUCCGUUCACGGAGCAGCGGCCAGCGAAGCCGAACGUGACGAUGACGCGGUGCGUGGACGCGGCGGCGUGGGCGUGCUGCGCGGACUGCACCGACGCGAGCAACUCGCUGCACGGGCUGACGGCGAACCAGACGGUGGUGCUGGAGAUGCUCAAACCGGAGAUCGUCACCAUCAUCGGCAACAAGGACGUGCAGCAAUGCGCGAUGUUCAAGGGGUUCGACGCGUGCAGCUACGACCUGGAGCAGCUCUACUGCGCCAUCACCUGCAACCCCGAUGCGGGCACGUAUGUGAAUGCCUCGUCAGCGACAUCUGGCGUGCUGGCCGUGUGCGACGCGUACGCCACGAGCGUAUUCAAUGACUGCAAGGACGUGCCCAUGAUGGGGCAGGCGACGCUGGGCAGUCUGCUGAGCAACAAGGACGUGUUCAUCAAGCUCGUCUUCAGCCUGCUCUUCGCCCGCUUCAGCGGCAUCAACGUCACCGUCAACGUCUUCCCACAGGGGGCGUCGGGGUGCUACAAUGGUCCCAAGGCCCUUCCCCCCAAGCCCGUGUGCUGCGAUUCGUUCACCAACACCCCGGGCUGCAACUUCAAGAAGGACCCUCUUCUCGCGCCCUAUGUCGGCCGGAUACUGGACCCCAAUGCUUGUGGGGCAUCUAGCGGUGGCAGCAUCAACGCUGGAGUACCUAACGCAGUGAACAAUCAAGGCCCGCCAUCUCCAUCUCCAGCCACGCCGGACAGCAGUGGCUCUCCUCCAAAGGUCGCAGAGAAGACUGCAUUGAGCUCUCUAAUUCUGCUCGUCCAAUUGGUACUCGUCGCGGCCAUUUCCGUGUUAUAUUGCUAGCAUUUUUGGAAUAUGCAUGUAGUGGUACCGGUAAUGCGAUUUGCCGUAUUCACCUUGACGUUAGCUCGUGGCGAUUGUUAUUUUUUAUGUGAAAGCCAACAUACUAGUAGUGUAACCUCUAC